UGCACUUCCUCUUUUAAGAGUUGUGGCAGGCAGGCAAGCAAGCAGGCAGCUGAGGCAGCUUGUAGUUAGCUAACUUAGCUAAAGGAGGCUAAAUUGGCUGGCUAACUGGCCUACGCUCCUGGACAACAAGCGACCCACUUUCACUUCUGAAGACUGCACCACCCGGCCAGGUCAUGUCGGAUUUCUCGCUAACGGACGCUUUGGGAGACAGUACCCCAAGCCAGGCCAAACCACAAGGCAACACCAACCCGACAGCACCAGCAAACAAUCCUCCGCCUCCUUCCAACCCCGGAUGGCCCUCGUCAGCCCCCGGAGCUCCAACUCAGCCCUCAGCCCCCUCCGGUUUCUCUAGUGGCACGGGCCCCGGGGCGCCGGGCCAGUUUCCCUUCCCCUCUGGCCCCGGAGCGCCAGGUCACUACCCGGGGCCUCCUUCUGCGCCGGGUGGAUUCCCUUCGAAUCCCGGGAUGCCUGGACAAUAUCCUCCGGCGCCAGGGGCUCCGGGGCAGUACCCCGCCAGCCCCGGGGCGCCCGGUCAGUUCCCAGGGCACUACCCACCAGAAGGAGCACCUGGUCAAUUACCCGGUGGGCCCGUUCCAUACCCAGCUGGACCUUUCCCCUCCGGUCCCGGCGCUCCUCCCGGGUCUUAUCCCAACAUGCCUCUCCCGGGUAACUACCCACCAGGGGGUAACGGCAUGUACGGCCCAGGAGGUCCGGGCGGUUUCCCCCCUUCUGCAGGCCCAGGUGCUUUCCCGGCAUUCCCCCCUGGUGGAGGCUUUCCCCCUAUUCCCGCUGGCUCUUGGGGACCUGGCGGUGGAGGUUUCCCACCGGCACCGGGUCCCUACGGUCCCGGUCCAGGCCCAAUGGGUCCUUACGACAACCCUGCAGCUCCAGGAGGCAUGCUGAUGGUGCCAUAUGAUCUCCCACUCCAUGCCGGACUAAUGCCGCGUCUCGUCAUCACCAUCGUCGGGGAGCCGGUUCCUGGAGCCAGCAGGUUCCACAUUGACUUCAUGAAGGGCUCAGAUGUGGUCUUUCACUUCAACCCUCGCUUCCACGAGCAGACCAUCGUCAGAAAUUCCAGCAUUGGAGGCCGUUGGGGGCCCGAGGAAAGGGACGGAGUUUUCCCCUUUGUUCAAGGCCAACGCUUUGAGCUGAAGAUCCUGGUCGAGGAGGACGUGUUCAAAGUGGCCGUGGACGGCACCCACCUGCUGGAGUACGAGCACCGCGUGGGCGGCCUGGAGGACGUCACCCUGCUGCGGGUGACUGGCGACGUGGCACUCUAUAGCGUGGCGCCUAACAUGAUCUGAAUGCCACGCACUAGAAGGACGAACUGAAUUUGAACGAGGGAGAAAAAAAAACAAACCCUGAGAAAUCAUGCGCGCGUCGCACGCCUUUGGAAUUUGACACACACGCGCUCAUUUAGCAGAAGGUAUUCUUUUGAAAAAUAAUUUAUCUCAGAAAGCAUAAAAAUAAUGCUUUGCUAUAUACUGACGUUAGAACUGCACUUGUAACAUAAUAGUAUCUAAGGGAGGGGGAAAAAAAAACAUGAAUGGACCUUUUCAGCAUGACGCACCACUACUCGCAUUAACGCGCAAAAGCUAAUGUUCGCUAACGUUGCUCUAUUACGUCUUGCAAUUUACUCUGUCGUACUAUUUAGGACAUCCCUUCGAUGAUCUUUCUUUUGGUUAUAUUCGGCGGCUCUACUCCAAACACAACAAGGCUAUGUUCUUCGUGUCGGCGCUCAGCCCGAAGUACACUGGCACCUAUGAUGGUGUACACGCAUGGUAAAAAGGUCCAUUUCAUGCUGUCAUCUGGUCCGAAGAAUUUCACGUUUGUAUUGCGUUCCAAUGAGAAAAAAGACAAAAGUGAGUAAAUUCUGAGUCCCACAAUCUUACUGCAAAUUUCCCCAGUGUGGACAAAUAAAGGUUAUCUUAAUUACGUUCAAUGAAAAGCUUUCUCACUGUCUGCAUCCUUUUGUAAUGAAUAAAACAGGAAGCUAAAGUUGAAACGUGCUAUUUAAAGCCUUGGCUCCUUCCAAGUUGCAAAAUGACAUGUUUUCCGGCGCCUUGACACGGUGGAAGGAAGAUAUUAAGAAUGAAGUGAUUUAUUGCCAAAGAUAACAGUGGUACUUUUUUUUUUUUUUUGCCGCAAGAUAAUGGCAAACACUAAGUGACUGAUUUAUUCUAUUCCCCCCCCCCCCCCCCCAAAAUGUACUUGUAUAUCGGACAUUUGACUGAAAUAAUAAAAAUGUGUCAGUGA